AUGUCGAUUAUUUACCCAAAGGAGAGUCAAACAAUACAAUACCCAAAAAGAACUCAAGAACCUACCAAAUUAUCCAGACGUCAAUCUCUUGGUAGACCAACCAUUGCUACAUCGGCUAAAACAUCUAUUCGGAACGGGCUACCUUCACCAAGUAUAUCCACGCAAUCAAUAGCUGACAGGUCUUUGCCAACCAAAAACGUGGACCUCGCCAACUCUGAAAAGGAGCCUCUUCCUUCUCCUCCAAAUACACCCAAAGUAAAUACUCUUUCUCAUCCUCCAAAAUCCACUCCGUUUCGUUCUCGAGCCGGAAGCUUUGUUAGAUCUCAUCCAUUGAUAUGCGUGGAUGAAAAGACAACAAGCCAUGCAUUGCCUGGAUCAAUAAAGACAUGCACCUCCUGGGUGCCCUUGGAAAGGCCCCGCGCUUCUCGUAUUAUGCCCUCCUUAAAUACAAUAAAACCUUUCAAACACAUGACAUCUCCUCAGUUACCUUGUCCAGAAAGAAUAGCACCUUUACGUCAACUACAUCAGCCAAAUACCGACUCUGUAUACUUAUAUACACCUCGUCAGAGCAGAUCGAUUGACGACGAGGCGGCAUGCAGUAAAGGAUUCUCACGGCCUUCGAUAAGUCCUUCGGUUGUUACUCGAUCAAAACGUUCGGCCUCAAUGUCACUACCUGAUAAUGGGCGUCAGCCAACAUGUGUAGCAUGCAAUAGACAUGCUAGACCGUCGAUCAUUCCAAGUCAUAUCCCUAGCUCUUCACCUUUUACUCUCAUUGACGAAACCAGCUCUGAUGAUCAGUCAAGCUUUUCUUCUGUCCCUCCAUCUCCAUCAUCUAGUCGCGAUGGAAAUAAAGAAGCAUCAAAGACUUGUUAUUCAAAUGGACUACCUUAUCAUCGUCUCAAAAAGACAUGUGGCACACAGCCUACAAUUACAAGCUUACCUCCACACCAUUGUAUAACUUCCUCGCUUGUUAUUGCCAAAUCCGAUAUAGCCCCUGAACCAUAUACAUUAUCGUCGGAGCCAGAAAAUCUUGAGGAAGGAUCUGGUUUGGAUGAACUUGUAGAGAGCUGCAGAAGACACUUCAGGAUGCUUGAACAACUAUCGAAGGAUAUACUGACUUCUGAGGAAAGGGUCAAGAAGUUCUUUUCAAUACAGCAGAGUAUUGAAGCCUCACUUGAGACACGCGAAAGAGAAUAUUAUAAUCAACGCACUGCCUGUGAGCUAAUGCUGAAACAGCAACAAGAGCUAAUGAUUGAUACAAAAGCUAUGAUACAAAAAGCAAAUAUAGACCGUCCAUAUUCGACCGAGUUCAGGUCAAUAUUAAGUGAUCCUCCUUUGGAUACUGUCUCCGAAAGCAGCUCUCUUGCUCGAGCCAAUAGGGAAUCUGGUCAGGUAGAGUUGAGUUUGCCAGACCAUUUAUCAGGCUAUGAUAUGUGGGUUCUUCAAUGUCGGUGGCAAGUUAGCCAAUGGGUAGGCGGAGCUCUAGGCAGAGGUUCAUUGACAAAAGAGAGCAUGGGCUUAGGAUCACAGAGAAUAACGUCCAAAAAAUCACCCAAGUUAACAAUCAUUGGAACAGGCUGUACUCGAGAACCCGAUAUCUUAUUGACACUGACAAAAUUACUUCAGAUAUUGGAGCUGUCAAAAACUGUAAAACUCGUUUCGAUUGGAUUAAUCGCAGACAUCAUUGCCGGAGGUGUGGGAAUGUGUUUUGCUAUGCCCAUAGCACGAAUCAGCUACCUCUGUUUGAUACAGAUGAACAGGGUGCGUGGUCACGAAUUUGUGAUUUGUGCUUCUACCAACUGGUGGGAGUCUCACUUGUACACCCUUCCCUUACAUAAGCUUUUUGAAAGCAUCUUGCAGUGUCACCUUUGA